GUGACUUCAGCUGAACAAUGGUUAACAUGAGCUAUCACCAAUCUCUACAGAAACACGCACAGAGCCUAAACCAGAAACAGCCGAGGAAAAGAAGUAAUAAAAAGAAAAGGUUUCUAUUCUUGGUUUGUUUCAAUGCUGCUUAUGGAGAUUUGAAUGGGAAAAUAAUUAUUGGGACAAAAUAUCACCAACAACUCGCAUUCAGACUUGAUUGUCAAGACACUUAAAGGUCUGGUGUGCUAGGUGUGGGAGCAUAUCGUGUUGUGUCUGUGGAUAGCGACUGUGUGGUGCGAUGACUGCGGAGUGGCUGUAUCCCCCUGGCGUGGGGCCGCUUUGUGGUGCAGAGUUGGAGGCGUGGUAUGAAGACCUACAGGAUAUACUGGGCUCCGACACGGGUGGGGCCAAACUUACGAGAGCCCCGCCUUGCUCCGAGAAGGAGCCGGAGUUCCUGGAUGUGUUGGAGAGCUGCUCGCUCACCUGGCUAACGGAGGGGCAGGUAUGGGGGGACGGCGUGCAGCGCGUGACGGACGAGACUCCCAACCACCCGCCGGCGACCUGCGCGACUCCCCCAAAACAGGAGGAGCGGAGAGGAGGCGAGACGGAGAGCUCGAGCGGCGGAGACCUUCUGCCGCCGGAGUUCUUCGAGCUCCUGAGCGAAGGAGGAGUGGGCCUGGUCGACACCGGGGCGAUGAUGGUCACCGGCGGUUACAAUCUCUCACAACCCCAACCCUCGUCUCCGACAGCCAGCGAGGAGGAGCUGCCGCCGACGGUUCCCGACGCUUCGUCCUGCUCCUCGGCAUCCCAAUCGCCCUCCUUUAACUGCUCGCCACCCUCCUCCCCUCCCCUGUCACCUCCCGCCAGCGUCUCCUCGCGUCUGGGGAAAAGGAAGCGAGGAGGCGAACGAGGAGGUGCUCCGUGCUCCCCGUCCCCAGGGAAGAAAAGCAGGAGAGAACGAGAACACGAGAACGAGAGGAAGGUUCAAGAGCUGACGGAUCAGAACGAGCGUCUGAAGGCGGAAAUCGAACGACUCGGAGAGGAGGUGCAGAGGACGCGGAGAGCGCUCAUCGAGAGACUCGUCAACACCAGGAGGUGAAGGAGCAACAGGAAGAGACGGAAAAGAAAAGGAAAGAGAUUUAAAGAGAAACUUAGAAAGGAAAGUGAACAAUUGGCGGAAAUUAAUCUUGUGGAGACCAUGAAAUGCACAUUCAGAUGCAGCAGAGAGGACAAAAGACACGUUGUACGGGGGAGAGAGGGGUUUUACAGAGCGGCAUCUCCCACCGAGAGUGAAAGAGAAAGUCAGAUGAAGCCAAAGACAAACAGAAGAGACUCCAGCGUCAGAGGAAAACUGAACCUCAGGAGGAUGAUGUGUCCGGGUCACUCCCAAAAAUCCAAACAGAGACAUUAGAACAGGCUUAUUUUUAAGACAUUAUUGUUAUGACCAUUUCACCUCUUAAAAAAAUUGAAUACUACAUUUAAAUAGGGAUUCGCAUUACUGUAAUACAUCAUUCAAAUCUGCAAAAAUAAUGUAUAUCAAAUACAAACACAAUUUAAAACUCAAAAUAUAUAUUUUUAUGCAUUAGAGAUUUUCAGCUCACUCCUUUCAGAAUCGGUUUUGCUCAACAGUCAUGAAAAUAAUGUCCCAAAAAACUCCUAAAACAAACUUUAUUUUCUUUUAAAUUUAGGGUGAAAUAUGACCAGGCGUUUUUCUGAGAGAUUCAUCUGAUGAUUUGAUAAAUGUGAAUUAACACCCACCAUCAGGUUAUGGUUUUUGUUAUUUAACCUCGAUUGUGUGAAAAUUUACUGAGACAAAGUCAAUGCAAUAAAAUCAAAUAACGACUUAAAUGAAAGAUUUCAGAAGAAAUGUUCGUUUUGUAACGUUUUUCUUUUUUUUUUGGUGACUGUAGGUGCAUUUCAUUGAUCCAUCUGUUU